UGUUGUUGUCUUCUAACUCCAGGUUAUCGUCAUUAGACAUGGACGGGGUGCAUGCAUUUCUGGUUGUUCUUUUAGGAGCUUUAUCUUCCAGUCAAGAUCUGAGAAAUGCAUCAGUGAUAGAGAUGAGAGUGAGACCAGGAGAAAACAUCACUCUCUCCUGUGAUUGUAAAUCAUCAGUUGGAGUCUAUAUAGUGUGGUACAGGAAUUGUUCUCAUGAGAAGCAGCCUUCCCUGGUAUUAAGAACCCAGCGUGAUCGGAGAUAUAGUCUCCCACACUCAGAUUAUGAGUCUGCUUACUUCCAUCUCCUGAAUCCAUUUCCUGAUUUUCAUCUGGUAAAGAACAAUUUCUCUCAAUCUUAUGACCUGCUGAUCACAAACAUCACUGAGACUGAUGAGGGCCUUUACUACUGUGGAACUGAACAGCUCAAGGUUGAGGAUAAAGAAAAAAUUAUCCAAGAAUAUGUGCGCACAUAUAGUAAUAUCACAAGAAAGAUCCUGCUUCAUAAGGAUUCUGUUUCAGGUGAGCCCUGUCGUGAAACUUGUUGGACGCUACUUUACUCUCUGUGUCCAGCUUUUGCUGUCGUCUCAUCACUUCUCUCUUCUCUUUUGAUUUAUUACUGUCAGAAGACAGCUAAGACACCUCAGGAUGAUGAGAAAAGAUACAGCAAAAGAGUACAGAAACGACUGAAUGAGGAUGAAGAACUGUGUUAUGCGGCACUGGAAUUCCGCCAGGCGUCACAGAGACCAAAGAAGACGACAGCCCAGAGUUCAGAUUUCAGCACUUACUCUGCCAUUAAUACUGACAGCAUGCAGUGACCCCAUCGGUGCAACAAGCUGUAUAAUGAAUUCUAUAUUCUAUACUUAUCUUUUAUACUUAUCCUGUUUGUGCUCAUUAAUAUUUUGUUCAUCACAGUGUUGUCACAAAGGGGGUUAUUACAUCCCACAGGAAUUACAAUGCUUAGAUCUUUGAAAGUAAAAAUAUAUUUACUUUGUUUGCCAAGAGGAUAGUGGUAUAAUGCCAUAGUCUUUAACUUAGAUAUG